UUCUUAGCUUCAGAUACCAGAGAGAAGAUUUUGCCUGUCAAUUAAAGCAACACAAGAAACGUACUUUCUGCAUCUUAUAUCGGACUCCUUUCCAUUAAAAAUUAACAAGAAAUUGUUUUUAUCUUGUGGAUUAUUAUUGGAUUUCCAUUUCUAUUUGGAUUUGACUGUUUCUCUCUGCUGUUUUCAUUCAACAGGGAAAAAAACAGAGUUUGACCAUGAAGUUGACAGGAAUAUUUCUGCUGUUGAUGCUUUUGACCUGCGAGAGCGUUCGAGUUGCAGAGAACCGAGACGACAAUAGCGUGUACGACCUGUUCGAGCUGGUCCAAGUCUCCAAGAAGAACCACGGAGUGACCCUAGUGAAGGGCGACGACCCAUACAGUCCCGCCUACAAGAUCCUCAACCCGGACCUGAUCCCCGAGCUCCCCGAGAGCUCCUUCAGGGACCUCAUCGAUUCCAUCCACGCCGAGAGGGGCUUCCUCCUCCUGCUUAACUUCAAGCAGUUUAAGCGGACCAGGGGCUCCCUCUUGACCGUGGAGAAGCGGGACGGAUCAGGAGCCGUGUUCGAGAUUGUCUCGAAUGGAAAAGCGAACACCCUGGAUGUGGUUUUCUCCACCGUUAAUAAGCAACAGGUGGUCUCGAUAGAAGAUGUGGACUUGGCGACGGGCCACUGGAAGAAUAUUACGCUGUUCGUGCAGGAGGACCGGGCGCAGCUGUAUGUUGGCUGUGAGGAGGUGAACACGGCGGAACUGGACGCUCCCAUCCAGAGCAUCCUCACUCAGGAGACUCCCGCCACAGCGCGCCUCAGGAUCGGGAAGGGAGCGGUGAAGGACCGGUUCAUGGGGGUGCUCCAAAACGUGCGCUUUGUCUUUGGAACCACUUUGGACGCGAUUCUGCGCAACAAGGGAUGUCAAAACUCUGUUCUGACUGAUGAGAUCGUCCUUAUCGACGACACCAUCAAUGGGUCCAGCCCUGCCAUUAGGACGGACUACACUGGCCACAAAACUAAAGACCUGCAGAUGAUCUGUGGGUUCUCCUGUGAGGACCUGGCUGGCAUGUUCAAGGAAUUGAAGGGGCUGGGAGUGGUGGUGAAGGAGCUGUCCAAUGAGCUACGCAAAGUGACGGACGAGAACAAGUUUUUGAUGAACAGAGUUGGGAUCCACAGUGGAGUCUGUCUGCACAACGGCAUCGUCCACAAGAACAAGGCCGAGUGGACCGUCGACGACUGUACCGAGUGCACCUGUCAAAACUCUGCCACCGUGUGCCGUAAGAUCUCCUGCCCCCUGAUCCCGUGUGCCAACGCAACCGUGCCCGAUGGAGAGUGCUGCCCGCGCUGUGGAACACCGAGUGACUAUGCGGAGGACGGCUGGUCCCUGUGGUCUGAAUGGACGCACUGUUCCGUGUCUUGUGGGCGGGGAAUUCAGCAGAGAGGCCGCUCCUGCGACCGCAUCAACAACAACUGCGAGGGAACCUCGGUCCAAACCAGGGACUGCUACCUUCAGGAGUGUGACAAACGCUUCAAGCAGGACGGUGCCUGGAGCCACUGGUCCCCCUGGUCAUCCUGCUCGGUCACCUGUGGGGCUGGUGUCAUCACCCGUAUCCGCCUCUGUAACUCCCCCACACCCCAGCUGGAAGGCAAGGACUGCCAAGGAGAGGGAAGACAGACUGAGACGUGCACCAAGUCACCCUGCCCAAUCAACGGUAACUGGGGACCCUGGUCGCUAUGGGAUACCUGCUCUGCCACCUGUGGGGGAGGAGCUCAGACACGUAAACGUCUCUGCAACGACCCCGCCCCUAAAUAUGGUGGUAAGGAGUGCCAGGGUGACUCCAAGGCCACUCAGCAGUGCAACAAGAACGCCUGUCCCAUCGAUGGCUGUCUGUCCAACCCUUGCUUCCCUGGGACCAAGUGCACCAGCUUCCCUGAUGGAACAUGGAGGUGUGGAAAAUGCCCCUCUGCUUACUCUGGUGACGGCAUCAAGUGCAAGGACAUUGAUGAGUGCAAAGAGGUUCCUGACGCUUGCUUCGUGUUCAACGGAGUCCACCGCUGUGAGAACACUGACCCUGGUUACAACUGUCUGCCCUGUCCUGCACGCUACUCUGGACCUCAGCCCUUCGGCAGGGGAGUGGAGGAGGCCACCGCCAGGAAACAGGUGUGUACACCACGUAACCCCUGCCUGGAUGGGAGCCACGACUGCAACAAGAACGCCCGCUGUAACUACCUGGGACAAUUUGCCGACCCCAUGUACCGCUGUGAGUGUAAGCCUGGCUAUGCUGGAAAUGGACACAUCUGUGGUGAGGACACAGACCUGGACGGAUGGCCCAACCAAGACCUGGUCUGUGUGGAGAACGCCACCUACCACUGCAAGAAGGACAACUGCCCCAACCUUCCCAACUCAGGCCAAGAAGACUACGACAAGGAUGGUGUUGGUGACGCUUGUGACAACGAUGAUGACAAUGAUGGUAUUGCUGACGACAGGGAUAACUGUCCAUUCGUGUACAACCCCAGGCAAUAUGACUAUGACAGAGAUGAUAUUGGAGAUCGUUGUGAUAACUGUCCUUACAACAGCAACCCUGACCAGACCGACACAGACAACAACGGGGAAGGAGACGCCUGCUCUGUGGACAUUGAUGGAGAUGGUAUUCUGAAUGAGAAAGACAACUGCCCGUACGUCUACAACGUGGACCAGAAAGACACUGACCUGGACGGUGUGGGAGACAUGUGUGACAACUGUCCUCUGGAACACAACCCUGACCAGGUUGACUCUGAUGACGACCGUGUGGGAGAUAAGUGUGACAGCAACCAGGACAUCGAUGAAGAUGGCCACCAGAACAACCUGGACAACUGCCCCUACAUCCCCAACGCUAACCAGGCCGACCACGACAAAGACGGAAAGGGAGACGCCUGCGACCACGAUGAUGACAAUGACGGGAUCCCAGACGAGAAAGAUAACUGCAGACUUGCCUUCAACCCUGACCAGAUUGACUCCGAUGGUGAUGGUCGAGGAGACGCUUGCAAAGAUGACUUUGACCAAGACAAUGUGCCUGACAUCUACGACGUGUGUCCGGAGAACUUUGACAUCAGCGAAACGGACUUCAGGAAGUUCCAGAUGGUUCCCCUGGACCCCAAGGGAACGUCCCAGAUCGACCCCAACUGGGUGGUCAGACAUCAGGGCAAAGAGCUGGUCCAGACCGUCAACUGUGACCCUGGCAUUGCUGUUGGUUUUGAUGAGUUCAACUCUGUGGACUUCAGUGGUACCUUCUUCAUCAACACAGAGCGAGAUGAUGACUACGCCGGCUUUGUGUUCGGCUACCAGUCCAGCUCCAGGUUCUACGUGGUGAUGUGGAAGCAGAUCACACAGACCUACUGGAACAACAAACCCACCAAGGCUCAGGGAUACUCAGGACUGUCCAUCAAGGUGGUCAACUCCACUACUGGACCUGGUGAGCACCUCAGGAACGCUCUCUGGCACACUGGUAACACCCCAGGACAGGUGAAGACUCUUUGGCACGACCCCAAGAACAUUGGCUGGAAAGACUUCACAGCCUACAGAUGGCACCUGAUCCACAGACCAAGAACAGGACACAUCAGAGUGGUCAUGUACGAGGGGAAGAAGAUCAUGGCUGAUUCUGGGAGCAUAUAUGACAAGACGUACGCAGGCGGAAGACUAGGCCUCUUUGUCUUCUCGCAAGAGAUGGUAUACUUCUCAGACCUCAAGUAUGAAUGCAGAGAUGCAUAAUUGCACGGAGCAAGAAGCUCUUGGAACAAUGCACCUUUCUGUAUAAAUAUGAACAAUAUGUAUUCAGAUGAAAAGUCCAGGGAUUGUUUUUUUUCUGCUCUUCUUACUUCUGCGGCACGCACACUGGUGGGACCGAGGGGUAGGGCCUGGUGUGGUCAGCCUCAGGUUAAAUUGACACUGGUUGGACAGAGAACCAUUUGCUUUGCCUGAACGGGAGACCGGCCAAUGUUACCAACCAACGUUACCAACCAACGACACCGACCGGCCGAUCUCUCUCUGAUCUUAAAGACCUCAUUCAGCUCUGCGCAGGAGAGGCUCCCCAUAGUCGACUAUGCACUUCCAAACCUUUACAUCUCUCUCUCUCUCUCUUUUUCUAUCCAUAUCUCUUUUUCUGGAAUGGACGUCCCAAAGAAAGACUAUGUGAUGUUCUGUUUAUAUUCUAUCCAUAUCUCUUUUUCUGGAAUGGACGUCCCAAAGAAAGACUAUGUGAUGUUCUGUUUAUAUUCUAUCCAUAUCUCUUUUUCUGGAAUGGACGUCCCAAAGAAAGACUAUGUGAUGUUCUGUUUAUA